CAGUAAGCUAUUAUCAUUUUACCUAAUUUUUAGUUCAGGCAUUUUAAAAAUGGGAAAAAAUAAAAAAAAGUCUCUUAAAGAAAAAGACCAUAAUGAAACAGAUGGAGAAAUGAAAUCUAACAAGGAGAAGCCUUUACCAAAGUUAGUUCUUAAGGUAAAAGAAAAGAAGUUUAAGGCAGAGCACAGUGAUGGAGGGAGUGUUGAUGGAGAACAUAGUCAUCAUAAAAAGAAGAAAAAGAAGCACAAGCAUAAAUUGGAAGAGGGUGAAAGGAAGUCUCGAAAACGCGAGGCAACAGACCCAAUCGAGACAGAGACACCAUCUAAAAGAAUUCAUAUAAAAAAAGAGAAAGAAAAGAAACAAGAAACCAAGGAGCCAAAAAUUUCUCCACUAAUUUUAUGUUUACAAAAUUUUCACAGGAACUUACAACGGAAAGAUGUAUACGGAAUAUUCACAUACCCUGUCACUGAUGCUAUUGCACCUGGAUAUUCAAAAAUAAUAAAAAAACCUAUGGAUUUUUUAACCAUGUCAAAAAAGAUUGAAAGUAGUGAAUAUACAUCAGUGGAUGAAUUUAAACAAGACUAUGUUGUAAUGUGCAAUAACGCCAUGUUGUAUAAUGGCUCAGACACCAUAUAUUUUAAAUCUGCUGAAAAGAUGUUAUCCAUUGGUUUAAAGAUGCUGUCAAAGGAAAAAAUGAAAAAAGUAAACAAGUCAAUUGGAGUAAAUUGUUCUGAUUCGGAAGAUGAUGUUGUGUUAGUUGAUGAGUCAGCUGAUGUCAACAUUGAUUCAGUGUACAGUGCAAAUGAAUCUCCUCUCAAGAAAACACCUGAAAAAAAAAGGCGAGAAAAUAGUAAAUCAUCAGCAUCAUCAAUCACGGCAGCAGCCCUUGCUGCAGCACGCGAAGCAAGACAAAAGUUACUGAAGAAACAUCCAAAACAGUAUUAUGGUUACCUAUCGAAAGAUGAUAAAGGAAAUAAUUCGUUUAACAUACUAAACCCAGACACUUCGGAAGCUGACAAGUCUGUGCCUGCAAAUAUUGGUAAAAUAGCAGGAAAGCUAGCAACUGGAAUUGUCCCAUCACAAGCUGUACAUAAGGAGGACAAGAAAUAUAAAGUAAUUCCAGUCAGUUAUCUAUUGUAUGGUCCAUAUGGGAGUUUUGGACCUACACAUGACUCAUCACUAUCAAAUAUGACAAAAGAAGAAAGCUCUCUGUUACUGCAAACAUAUGGAACUGAGACUGGUGUAGCUUAUGCAAAAAGCUUGCUACAAUUCACAAAAGAUUCUGUAUUUGCUCAUGACUAUGUGGACCGCCUGCUUGAUACUCUAACGAAUGGUCAACAUGCCAAACUUUCCAAGUCAUCCAAAGAUAAAUUGUCAGGUCAAGUUGAAUCAAGAGAAAAUAGUGUUGCAAAUGGUACUCCAGAAGAAAAAGUGACUGUUGACGUUGAUUCAUUAAAAACACUUAAUGAGAUUGGUAUAGAUGUUUCGUUUCUUGAUAUGUUCACCAAUCAAAAAGAAACGAACAGUAUUAAAGACAAACUUGGUGAAAAUGCUACAUUGUUACAAGACUUGAAAGAGACUCAAAAUGACCGGCUAGUAAAGCAAGCUGACGUUUCAACUAUCUCUGAAAAAGAACAAAAUAUUGCUACUUCACUAACAGACAAUUUGAAAGAACUUAUUAGCAUGGUUGCCCCUGCAGAUGUUGUGUCAAGCCAAGCUGUGCAGAAAGCAAUUGGAAACCCAAAAACUGGUUUACCAACAAAUUUUGACGGUACAGCUGAUGGUAAAACAGUUUGUGGUAACCAGGAAAAUAUAGAAGAACACACUAAAAAUAAUACAUAAUCAUCCUUCAGUAGAAGAACUUUCUUGUAAAUUUAUUUAAGAAUAUAAAUAUUUUUAUUGAUAAAAUUACAUUUUCAUGUAAAACAUGUGAAAAAGAUCUUUGUUUACCCUGA